AUGUCCGGGCACGCGUGCGCGAGCCCGGUGCUGCCGAUGCUGGCGCGCGAAUUCGGCGCGAACGCGACGGAGAUCGGCGCGACGAUGUCCGCGUUCGCGGCGGGGAGGUUGCUGUUUAACCUGCCGUGCGGAUGGUACGCCGACGCGGUCGGACGCAGGCCGCUGAUGAUCGCGGGACCGGCGGCGACGACGGCGGGCAUGGCGUGGAGCUACUGCUCGACGGGGCUGGGCGAGCUGCUGUGCGCGCGGGCGGUGGCGGGAAUCGGGAGCUCGAUGUACAUGAGCGGCGCGACGGCGAUGCUGGCGGAUCUGUCGACGCGGCACACGCGAGCGCGGAUACUGGGGGCGAAUCAGGCGGCGGUGCUGGCGGGCGCGGCGGCGGGACCGGCGCUGGGAGGCGCCAUCGCGGGGGCGGAUGGGAUGAGCAUUCGAUCGCCGUUUCUCGCGGUGGGGGCGCUGAGCUCGUUCGCGUCGGUGUACUCGUUCGCGAGGAUCGAGGAGACGCGACCGGAGUCGGUAAAGCCCGAGAGGGAGUUCGCGGCGAGCAAGCACUGGUACUGCGACGGGCACCCGAUCGAGGACACGAAGAUGUGCCUGGAGUUGGAUGAGUUCGGUAAACCGGUGGUGCAUCGGGACGGGCAGGUGUACGAGCUGUUGGAGACGAAAUCGCCCGACGGCGCGGCGACGACGACGGCGGUGGACCCCGCGACGGCGCAAGACGCGGCGAUGGGUCGUCUCGUCAAGUCGAUGGAUUUCUGGGCCGUGUGCGGCUUGAACGCGGCGCUCUUCUUCUCGGGCGCGGGCGGUCGAGGGACGCUGCUGCCCAUCUUGGCGUAUCAAAACUUUGGAUUCACGCCGGAAUCGCUCGGCGCGCUGUUUUCCGCCAUGGCUGUCACGUCGUUGCUCGGUCUCGGCCCGGCGAGCGCGCUCACCGACGCCGUCGGUCGCAAAGCCGUCAUCGCGCCGUGCGUCGUCGCCUCGGCCGCGUCGGUCGCGCUCAUGGGCACCACCACCGAUCCCACGGCGUUCACCGCGGCGUCUAUUCUCUGGGCCGCCUCGGGAAGCUUGAUGGGCACCGCGCCCGCGGCGUACGCCGCGGAUAUUUCGCCCAAGAACAUUCGCGGCAGCGCGCUCGCGAUUUACCGUACGUGCGGCGACGUCGGUUUGCUCCUCGGCCCGCUCGCGCUCGGCGCGCUCGCGGACGAAGUCGGCAUCCCCAUCGCCCUGGGCGUGAACGCGGCGCUGUUGACGAUAUCCGGCGGCGUGUUCCACUUCACCGCGCGCGAGAUUCGUCGCAAGGCGCAAACCGCCGCCGCGAAAAUCAGUUGA